AUGAAACCUGAUAUAGAAAUUCAAGAGGAGAAAUAGAGAUUACUUAAAGGAUUCGUUGAAAGAUUUAGAGAAAAAUGUGAAAAUGAUUAAUUAUUAAGGAGAUGUUACUCUUAUCUUGAAUUUCGAAUAGAUGUAAUACUAAUUUAUUUUGAUAUUUAUAGGAAGAUAUAAACAAAUCAAAAGAUCAACUUACUAAAAAGUUAAGUCUGGAUUUAAAAGAUGAAAUAGAAAUAUCUUUAAGAUCGACAAUGAUUGAUAAAAUAGAAUUAAUGAAUAGAUUUUCAACUCAUUUUAAAUAAUAAUUAUUGUAUGAAAUAGAAUAAGUGUAAUUUAAUCCUGAAGAUAACAUAAUAAUAGUAUAAAUAUUAUAGUAUGAAAAAGGAACAUUAAAUAGAUGAUUUAGGAUUAUUCUAUAUUUUAAAAGGCUAAGUAAAAGUCUAAUUUUAAGGAUCUUCUUUUGGUAAAAAUAAAAGAGAAGUAACAACAUUAUCAGAAGGACAAACAUUUGGGUAAUAUUCUUUUAUCACAGGAAUCCCUUUAAAUAUCAGUAUUUUUAGUUAAGGAUCAACUACAUUAAUGAAAUUAAAGAGAUCCAAUUUCAUAUCCAUAAUAUCAAAUUAUCCUAAUGAUAAUGAAAUAUUUUGCACAAUGAAGGAUAAUGCAUCUUACAAUCAAAAAAUAUUUGAAUGUUACUAUUGUUAAAUUAAUGGAAACUAUAUUAUUGAAUGCAACCAUAUUCAGUAUUUUCCAUAGAGAUUAAAUACAAUAGAGAAAUACUUAUAUACACAAAAAUAAUUUAGAAAAAAAUGGACUAGAAGAUAUCGCAAAUCAUUUGCUUGGUAAGAUCUAAGUUUAAAUUAAGAGAAGGCCAAAUAAUACAUUAAUAAAUAAAGUUAAGAAUAGAUGUCUGAUGAAUUACCAGAUAUUUCAUAAUUACCAUAUUCUGAGAGUAAAUGCUUUUAACAUAUUUUAGAUUAAACAUAUUAGUCCGUAAGUUUUAAUAGUAACUCUUUGGGUUAAAAAAAUUAGAAUCCUGAAUAAUAUUAAACAUUCAGUAAUGUAGAGAGUUUUGAAGAAAUUAAUAUACAAUAAGAAUUUUAGGAUGAUUAAACCAUACCCUUUUAAGAAGCCUAAGUUAAAAAUAUUCGUUAAAAUUCAAAAAAGACAACGAAUUUUUUGAAAAAUUCAUCACUUUUGGAAAAGGACGAAAUUGUAAAUUAAUUUGAACAUUAAAUGAACAAAGAAAAAACUAUUUUAUAUCAAACUGCAAGAAAUUAUAAUGGAAAUAAAAUGACUUUUCAAUAUUAAAAAGAAUAAUUGCAAUCAAUUCAUAGAGAGGAAUUAAAUAAAACAGAUGCUUAAUAAUAACAAUAAUCAUUAGCAAUUUAUUAAUAGUAAUAGCCAUCUAAUCUCAAAUAACCAAUUAGGUAAAUUUCUGAAAGAUCUUACACUUAAUCUAAUUCAAUUUCCAAAGAUAUUUCGAAUAAUCCAUCCUCAAGAUAAAAUAAAUCAUAAAGAAAAUCUAGAUAAUCUAGUUAAGAUAGAGUAAUGGAAAAAUCAGAUACAAGAAAAUUGAUUAGCUCAAGGUCUUUGACAGAAUAAAAUAGACUCAAUAAUAAUAAAAGCUUAAAGUCUGGUACAAAGAGCACUCCAAUUUAAAUGUCUUAGUUUCAAGCUAUAACAAGUCCAGAAGUAAAUGAAAUUCAUAAUAUUAGAAUUAAGGAUAUUAUUUGGUUGAUAUAAUUUUUAAUAAGUUCGAAAAAAUGUGUGAAUUCAAGACUUACAAUCCUCAUAAUAAUUAUAAUCAAGUAAUAAAUAGAUAUACAAAAUAUAUUGAAUCAUUGAGAUGCAACCAUUUUAAUAGGAAGAAGCAUUUAUAAACUUCUCCCUAUUCUAUAAGAUGUUUUGUAGGAUCGAAAAUUAGGAAAAUUAAAAAGUUACUUUGA